AUGUAUUCAAUGUGUCAUUCUGUAGUGGAGAAGGAUGAAGACCCAGACAAACAGACUCUGGGUAGAAGAAGAAACUCCAAAAGUGAUGGUCCAGACAGUAAGUAGAAAAAUAGUAUUAUAAUUGUUUUUGAACAUUUACCAAUAGUUUAAUUAAAUAGUCAUAUUUGUUUUGCGUUGACUAUCCACAUUUCAAUUUGGCAGCCAGUCGGUAAGAGGAACGAUUAUUAAUCUCAAUUUACAUUUCUUACGGGAGACCCACUACUGGGCCAACCAUGAUGUAACAUUACUCAUGUUUUCUCCUUUACCUCUCUCCUGUAGUGUCCAUGACCAGGAUUGUACUGGUGGGGAAGACAGGCGCUGGAAAAAGCUCUUCAGGAAACACAAUCCUGGGGAGGAGAGCUUUUAGAGAUGAUAGAUCGAGCUCUUCUGUAACUAAGGAGUGUUGUAAGGAGACAGAAGAGGUGGCAGGGAGGCAGGUCUGGCUAGUGGACACACCAGGAUUAUUUGACACAAGCCUCUCUGACAGUUACUUAGAGACAGAGAUCAGUAAAUGUAUCAACAUGACGUCACCUGGUCCACACGCAAUCGUAUUGGUCAUGAACGUAGGGCCUUUCACAAAGGAGGAACAGAACGUAGUAAAGAAAAUCAGGGCGUUAUUUGGAGAAGAAGCUAGCAAGUAUACUAUGAUCCUCUUCACCCAUGGGGAUGAGUUGGGUGAAGGUGGCAUUAAGCAGUAUGUGAAUGAAGGACAGUCGGACCUCAAGAGACUUAUGGAGCAGUGUGGUGGAAGGUACCAUGUUUUUGACAACACCAAGAUGGAAAAAAGGGGACAAGUUCUGGAUUUCUUUGAGAAAAUUGACCACAUGGCGGCAGUAAACGGUCAAGACCACUACACCAACGACAAAUACCAAGAGGUGGAGAGAAAGCUAAGUACCAGAGAAGAAGAGUUGAGGAAGCAGUAUGAAGAAGAACUGCGGAAGCUAGAAGAAGAAGAGAAGAAACUGCCUCCCAGAUACCAGGAGGAAAUGAAGAAGCUACAGAGUAAAAUUAAGACACUGAAGCAGUCAACGGAGGAGGAAGAAAAUAAACUUGAAGAACUACAACUCCUGGAUCAAAACAAAAUCUGGCGAAUCACGGAACACAAGCGUUAUUAUGAGAGGAAGUUGAGGGCUGUAAGGGAGGAAGCAGAGUUAACCCAAGAUAACAAAGGAAUGUCCACAGAAGUCUAUAAAAAGUUACAGGAUCUCCAUCUCUGA